CAAGUAAAACGAAGAACGCUUCGACGAAACACUUUUAAAAAUGUUAGGAAUUUUUUUAUUUUCUUGCUGUGUUGCACUUCUCUAUUGGAUACACAAAUAUUAUCAUACGUUUUGGAAACAUUUGAAUAAGUUUCCAGGACCACUCGCAAUUCUGCCACUUGGAAACUUUCUUCAAAUGACUUUAAGCAUGGAGAAAAAUUUCAAAACAAUGCUUGGAUAUUGUCGACAAUACAAAUACAAUGAUUUUCGAUUUUAUGGUGGCUUGAGUCCAUAUCUUUUAAUUCUAAAACCAGAGAGCAUGGAACAUAUAUUGACUAAUGUUGAGAUCAGUAGUAAAGAAGGUACGUACAAGUUACUUCGACCAUGGCUAGGAAAUGGAAUCGUUGUGGCCAAUGGCAGUUACUGGCAUCAGCGUCGAAAAAUGUUAACACCAUUUUUCCAUUUCGAUAUUAUCAAACAGUAUUUGCCUAUUAUCAAUAACGUAGGAGAUCGUUUCAUAACGCAUUUGAAGAAAUAUUCCCAAACAUUUGAAGUAUUCGAUAUGCAAAAUUUAGGACAACGUGUCACCAUUGAUAUGCUAAGCGAGACCGCAAUGGGAAUUAAACUAAAUGCAUUAGAUAGUAAUACUUCUUCUAUAUGUGACAAAAUACACACUUUGGGAGAGCUUUUUCAACGGCGCCGAUUUUUCUUGCUUUAUAAUAUACCUAUGUGUUAUGAAUAUACAGCUGACUACAAAAAACAACAACUUUACAUUAAAGAGAUAAAAGUUUUCAUUAAAAAUCUUAUUGAAAAUCGUCGCAAAGAAUUACUUGGAUCAAAUAAUAAUGAUAUAAAAGCUAACUUAAAUGAUGACAAAGAUAAACAGAAGUAUAAAUACAAAUCCCUACUUGAUUUCAUGGUUAUAGCAAAUAAAGAUGAAGAAGUUUUUUCACAACAGAACAUGAUUGAUGAAAUAAAUACAUUUUUACUAGCGGGUAACGAUACGACAGCACAAUCCAUGAGUUUUACUUUGUUUUGCCUUUCGAGACAUCCGCAUAUUCAGCAAGCAGCUGUUGAUGAACAAAUCAGAAUAUUCGGUACAGACAAGGAGCAACAACCAACUUUCCAGAAUUUAAAUGACAUGAAAUAUCUAGAUCUUGUAAUAAAAGAAACAUUGCGCGUUUUUCCCACCAUUCCUUUUGUAGAACGUACAUUAAUAGAAGAUACAAUACUUGAUGGUAAAUUUGUUCCAAAGGGCACAAAUCUUGUACUUGCUUUUGUAGCUUUGGGACAAAAUAAAGAUUAUUUCGAAGAUCCUAUGAUAUUUAAACCUGACCGAUUUGAUGCUGAUAAACGUAAAAACAUUAAAAAUUUUACUUAUAUUCCAUUUAGUGCUGGUUCCAGAAAUUGUCUUGGUCAGAAAUUGUCGACUAUAAUGCUAAAGAUAAUACUAUCAAAAGUAUUGCGAUCAUAUGAACUAUUACCAAGUGCAGAAGGCUUAUCGACUGGUAUACACGAUUUAACUGAUGAAAAGGACAUAAUUGAUAAUCCUUUUGAUCCACGUUUACAAUUUGGAGUUUCAUUGCAAUCUUCUAAUGGUAUUUUGCUACGAAUAAAAGAACGUCAGUAUUAAUAUAUAAUUAUAACAUAGUAUAAUAUAGUACAGUAUAGUAAUUUA